ACGACUUCUGAUCGUUUCCAGUAUUCAAUAUAAUUGUACUAAGCAUUAUAAGAUCAUAAAUAUUAAGAUAGUCAAGUGAUAAAAGAAAGCGGGUCUUGAUUACAAAAUGUCUAAAUUCAAUUGGACAAUGGAUAAAACGAAUAAAUUUAUCGAGCUAUACAAGAAACAUGAAUGUUUAUGGAAUAAUAAAAGUGAUACGUAUAAAAAUUGUAAAUUGAAGAAAAUAGCAAUAGAAGAUAUAAUGCAAAAAAUGAAUUUUGAAGGUUUAACAAUUACUACUAUAAAGGAAAAAAUCAGGUCAAUAAGAACAAUUUAUCGCCGCGAAUUGAAUAAAAUAAUAAAGUCUCGCAAAAAUGGAAAUGGAGACAUAUAUGAACCAAAGCUAUCUUGGUUUAAAAAAGUAGAUCCAUUUCUUCGUUCUGUAUCGGUUUUACGAACUAAUAUUUCAAAGACGGCAUAUUUUAGUAAUUUUACUGAUGAUGUAUUAGAUAAUAAUGAAAAUUCGUCAUCAUUAGUAUAUAAUAACAUUAUGGAGACUUUAAUAGAAGAUAAAAAAUUACAAACACAAACGACUAACGCGAAAAUAAAUAAAAAAGGGGCAAUUGUUUCAAAAGAAAUGGAAUGUGAAAAAAAUAAUUCAUUUUUUAAAUCAGCACAAGAGAAACAAAAAUGCAUGGAUAUCCCUAACAUGAACGAAAGAGUUGUAUGUCCAGAAAAUAAUAUAUCUGAACGUUCGGAAGAAAAUGAAUUUGAUAUAUUUGGCAAAUCUGUGGCAGUACAAUUAAAACAAUUUCCCCUACUCGAAGCUAUAGAAUGCCAAAAAAAAAUUCAAGAUAUAUUAUUUAUGCAAAGAAUUCUCCUUUUUCGCAAAGAAACUUGUUCCAAUAGAAUAUCUGAUACUUAGCUUUAUCAAUUUGUCUCGUUUUUUUUUUAUAAAAAGAAAUUGUUAUUUAUUUUUUUUAAAA